CUGACGUAUUGACAAUAUGCUCAGUGCCAGCAGCCAGCGCUGGAGGGGGACAUGAGCCUUUAAAACAUCUCGAGCCUUCUCUAACUUCCUUACAGGCGGUGCUCUUUCAGACCGGGUUUACUUCCUCCAGUCUCCCUCGCUCCUCUCUUCUUUAACUCAUUUGUGGAUUACUUAUCAAGAUCAGUAAACAUGGCAACGCUGAGAGCUCUGAGAAAAUUCUGCCAGCAAUCUAAGCAUCAAGUGUGCAGUCUAUAUAUGUCCGCAUCAAGACAGGAAGCUGUGGUCAUCUCAGGCAGGAAGUUGGCCCGUCAGAUCCGGGAGGAGGCCAGGACCGAUGUGGAACAGUGGGUCUCCACUGGCAACAGGAGACCCCACCUGAGCGUGGUCCUUGUAGGAGAUAAUGUAGCCAGUCACUCCUACGUCCUGAAUAAGACCCGGGCUGCAGCUGAUGUUGGUAUCAGCAGUGAGACCAUCCUGAAGCCCUCCUGUAUCUCUGAGGAUGAACUCAUGGACCUGAUCUACAAACUCAACACAGACCACCGGGUGGACGGCCUGCUGGUGCAACUGCCUCUGCCAGAACACAUUGACGAGCGGCGCAUCUGUAAUGCUGUGUCCCCCGACAAGGAUGUGGACGGCUUCCAUGUGGUCAAUGUGGGCCGCAUGUGCCUGGACCAGUCCACCAUGCUGCCCGCCACUCCCUGGGGAGUCUGGGAAAUCAUCAAACGCACAGGAAUUCCUACCCUUGGAAAGAAUGUUGUGGUAGCGGGACGCUCCAAGAAUGUGGGCAUGCCCAUUGCCAUGUUGCUGCACUCUGAUGGACGCCAUGAGAGGCCAGGGGGUGAUGCCACGGUCACUAUCUCUCACCGUUACACACCAAAGGAACAGCUUCGUCAGCACACAAGAAUUGCAGACAUCGUUGUUGCUGCUGCAGGGAUUCCAAACCUCAUCACCGCAGACAUGAUCAAAGAAGGAGCAGUCGUUAUUGAUGUUGGAAUAAACAGAGUGCAUGACCAUGUGACUGGCAAGGACAGACUUGUAGGGGACGUGGAUUUUGAAGGUGUGAGACAAAAGGCUAGCUUCAUUACCCCAGUGCCUGGAGGAGUAGGACCCAUGACAGUGGCCAUGCUUAUGAAGAACACAAUCAAGGCAGCUAAGAACCUCCUGCUGACUCCCGCUGAGAGGAUCCGCAUGGUAGCCUCUUCAUAACAGGCCAUAACUUACUCCAUCAAGUGACACAUUCCAUCCCGCCACCCCUUCCCUUUUUACUCUGAGCAACUCGGCGAACUCCAGUGCACACAGACAAAGAUCGAAACGUGAUUGCUUUAGGAUUCUCAACUUGCUGGUACCUUCCACUUUUAUAAUCUCCGCCCGCCAUUUCAGACUAUUACCAUUUCAGACUAAUACAACUCAGCCAUUCAGCUACUACAUCCCCCUUGGCGUUUUUUCUGUUUUGUUGCAUUACAACCUGCAAUUUAAAUUGAUUUUUAUUUGGAUUUCAUGUAAUGGACAUACACAAAAUAGUCCAAAUUUGGUGAAAUGAAAUUUAAAAAAUAACUUGUUUCAAAAAAUUCAAAAAAUUACAAACUGAAAAGUGGUGCAUGCAUAU